AUGGAUCUGGAUCCUCAGGAAGAUAACCCGGUCGAGAUGAAUGUCGAUCGCGAUGGCAACUCCCACGACUCAGACAACGAGUCGUUCAAGAGUGCCAUUGACGAACCCUUUGACUUGAGGGAGCUCUACCAAGAUGCCCUGGAGGAGCCGUCUGAAGAACUCAGCGAUCAAGUGUCAAGCCCCGCUGCCUUGACCGCAAGGGCGUACCAACUCGAAAUGUUCGAAGCAAGCCUCAGGCAGAACAUCAUCGUCGCUAUGGACACUGGCAGUGGCAAGACUCAGGUCGCUGUACUUCGCAUAGCCAGAGAGCUCGAACAAAGUGACAAGCGAAUCUGGUUCCUAGUGCCAACGGUCGCCCUGGCCCACCAACAACAUCAAGUUUUGCAGUCUCAAAUACCAUCAGUCAAGACCCUAUUGAUCUGUGGCCAUGAUGGGGUGGACAGCUGGUCUGACCAGGCUGUUUGGGAUGCCAUCCUGCUCAACGUUCGUAUCGUGGUGUCGACGUACCAGAUUUUGUCCGAUGCAAAUGCUCACGGCUUCGUCCGCUUGGAUUCGCUGAGCUUAAUUGUCAUUGACGAAGCACACAAUUGCUCCAAGAGCCAUCCAAUUUCCAGAAUGAUGACCGAGGCUUACCUGCCUGCAAAGAGGGCCGGUCUACCAGUCCCUAGUAUCCUCGGUCUCACGGCAAGCCCGCUGAUGUCAAACAACCUCGACGACAUUGAAAAGCUUGAACAAGUUCUUGAUGCUGUUUGUAGAACUCCUACAAAACAUCGAGAAGAGCUUCUUGAACACGUGAACCGCCCGGAGAUGCUCGUGUUUCCAUACGGCGAUUCUGGGGGCCCUGUUACCGAGCCAGCACCAACCGAUCUCAUGAUAAGAUUCAGAGAAGCAUAUCACGGACUUGAUAUACGCAAGGACCCAGAAGUCUUGCUCCUCAAAGCACAACGCACUGAACGGGCUAGGCAAAAGCUUCGCCACGCUGUUACAAAGAAGGACACGACCGCCCAGAAAGAAAUGAAGGGGGUAUACAACAGGUCCAUCCUCGUGCACAAGGAAGUUGGGCCAUGGGCGGCAGACUAUUACCUUACGAGAGCCAUUUCCCAAAUGUUGGCCGAACUGGAGCAUGAGCAUUCGGAUCACUUCCGGUACAUCGGCGAGGCAUUACGAUCCAUUCCUAUUCCCACCGUUUCAAAAGAGCCCAUUCAGCUGUCCUCGAAAGUUCAGACUUUGCUGCGAAUUCUCUCUUCGCAUCAGGAGGAUCCGGUCGGUAUUGUUUUCGUCCAGGAGAGGGUAAUGGUCAGCAUUGUGACGCAUAUCAUAUCCACCCAUCCGCUAACCAAGGACCGUUACCGCACUGCUGCCAUGAUUGGCACUGCUAACGUACCAGGACGGAAGCAACAUUUCAAGGACAUGACAAAUGCGGGGGAUAACAAGUCCCUCGAGGGAUUUCGCGAAGGUCGGUUUAAUUUGCUCGUUGCGACCAACGUCCUUGAGGAGGGUAUUGACGUUCCCAUCUGCAACCUCGUCAUAUGCUUUGAUAAACCAUCAAAUAUCAAAUCUUUCAUCCAGCGUCGCGGAAGGGCAAGAAAGGGUAGCUCUACACUCUACCUCAUGGUCCAGGAUGCUUCUGGCGAAUCCGCGACCGGCUGGCGUGAUCUGGAACGUCUGAUGAAAGAGAAAUACGAGGACGAGAUGCGUGAAACCGCAGAACUCGAGCUGGUAGAGGAUCCGAGACUUGGCAGUUAUCCAGUUCUGGAAGUCGAGAGGAUGGAAACACCCCUCGAAUUCGCGUUCAUCCUUCCUGUGCCAGUUCCUUACAUGGCGCCUCUGAAGCUGUGGUGGAAUGCCACUUCUGCUUUGGAGCUCAUCACCGAUUCAGAGAUGCAGGAAUUUUGCAAAGAAGGAGUAGCCAGAGCCGGGCCAGACCAUUCCUAUGCUUUGCUCGCCAUGGCUUUCCAACAUCGAUUCCCUCUCGAGGGCAAGCAGUAUCCGAUUCGCCUUGUAUCAACUCAAAGGAAACUUGAUGUCGCCGGAAUUGCAGCUCUAGAGUUUGACCCUCAACUGUACGAAAGCUUCACUGACCCUCCCCUUGUGCGACUUGUUGAAGGGACGCCUUUCUUCGUCACGAAGGUCUUGCCGUCCAAGCCACCGGCCGAGCUCGUAUUGAAGCCAAGCAAAGAGCAUGCAGACCUUCCAGAGGACGUUCCAUAUGUGGUUUACAAAUCUCUAAGCAAAGCUGUUGGUCAGUUUCUUCCACCUGAAGCAGCUCAUGAACAUGACAAUUGGAUUCCUAAGGAUGGAAAGCUGUACCAAAAGGUCCUGCCUUCCACAAGUAUUCGGAUGGAUGACUUCCCGGCCGCGUUCGCCCAGGUGGGCGCGGUCAUGCCAGCUUUUACAAGGGCAGUGGAGAUGAGUCUAGUAGCCGCGGACCUCAUGUACAAUCGUCUGGGUUGUCUGGAACUUGAUAACUUGCUUCUCGUUACAACCGCACUCACUAGCAUUGGGUCACGAGCCCCGACCAACUACGAAAGACUGGAGUUUCUGGGCGAUACGAUCUUGAAGUUUUGCGCUUGUCUCACAGCUUCGGCAUUAUUUCCAAACCACCAUGAAAGGUUGCUCUCCCAAUGGAAGGAUAGUCUCGUGAACAAUGUGCGACUCUGUCGAGCAUCUAUCGACUUUGGCCUUGACGAGUACAUCAUCCACUCAAUGGCCUCGAAGAAGUGGCGGCCUAAGUUUGUCGAGAAUUAUCUGGAUGACAGCAAGUCCCCUAAGUCGGCAGAAACCCGUGAAAUGAGCUCCAAGAUGGUAGCCGAUGUUAUCGAGUCCCUCAUCGGCGCCACAUACAUGUGCGGGGAUAUGUCAAAGGCACUCGAGUGUAUCGCCCUCCUUCUCCCCACUUCCAAGUCCAGCAAGUUCAAGUGGCAGGACAUUGGUCUUAGCCGUGACAAGCUUUUCGAGCUUGCUCCCAAUGAUGCCGUCCUCCACAAGCAAUUGGAGCCUCUGGAGAAGGCCAUGGGCUACGCUUUUACCAAAAAGUCACUCCUCAUCGAGGCCAUGACGCACCCGUCCUGCCCGGGCCUCGGUGACAACGACUCCUGCUACGAACGCCUCGAGUUCCUCGGCGAUGCUAUUCUCGACGUCAUCGUCGUCAAACGUCUCAUGGCUGAGACGGGCCCCAACGAGCUUGCGCACAACGACAUGCACGAGUACCUCUCCUCCGUCGUCACCGCCGACAUCAUGGCUUUCCUGGCCAUGGAAUGGGUCAUCGCCAGGACAGACACCGUCGAGAUCGACCCUGCGAGGCUGGACGCCAUCGACUCCCUUCCCUUCUCCAAGCACACCAAGAUCACCCCUGCGAACCUGGUCUCCAACACGGAGGACUGGGCCUUUUGGCGGUUCAUGCGCCACAACUCCUCGCACGUCGCAUCCGCCCAGACCGUCACCCAAGAACGCUACCUCACCCUCAGAGACGACAUCCGCACCGCGAUAUGGGAGAAGCACGAGCUGCCGUGGGCCUUGCUGGCGCGCAUGGGCCCCCAGAAGUUCUACUCGGACAUCGUCGAGUCGCUCGUCGGCGCCGUGUGGGUCGACUCCGGCUCGUGGGAGGUGUGCGAGCACGUGCUGAACCAGAUGGGCCUCUUGCCUCUGCUCGACCACUUAAUCAGGACGAAAGCGCAUGUGAUGCAUCCCAAUGUCGAGCUGCAUAUCCUGGCGCCGCCGAGCAAGCGGGAAACGCGCACCGAGUUUGUUAUUAUCUCCAACAAGCGGGGCAUCAUCAGCCACGGGACCGAGUUUGCGGAUGAGACGAACGCCGUUGAUGACGGGCUUGUGAAGGUAGAGCCAUAUCAUGAUGAUGACGUGCCGACGCAGGGCGAGGUGUUUUCUUGUAAACUUUUUGUGGGAGGCAAGCAGGUGGCUGAUGUGACGGGUGCGGGAACGAAGGAGGAGGCCAGAGUGCGGGCGGCGGAGAAGGGGUGUUUGGUGAUUAAGGCGGAGAGAAGGAAGGCAAUGGCUGAAAAUAAGGCUGUGGAUGGUGCUGCUGUUGCGGACAACGAAGGUUCCAGUCAAGAUGCGGAUGGGGAUACGGUCAUGGACUAG